GAUUAUAAAUCGGCAAAGCUGUCUUGCUUUUUAAAAUAAUUGUUGUAGACCCUGCCACUGAACUUAAAAUAAAUAUUUUAGACGCAAAUGGCUUAAACAGCUCCCCUGGAACGCAGCCAACAAAUAAACAAACCAUCGGGGGUCCCGGCAGAGUUUUCCAAACUUAGGACGGUGCAGACCGAGUUUGCAAAUGGGCGCGGGCCUGUUUUGCGCUUUCGGGCACCAUCAGAUCCCAGCAGAAUCCGGCCCGCGCUUUUCCUUCGGCCCUGUUGCUAACUUUUUCCGACUAAGUUUAAUGUUUGGAGCAGCCGUGACGCCGGCGUGAGGCGAGCUGCUAUUUUAUUUCCCCGCAGCGCGGGGUAGGUGAGCGCCUGGCGGGCAGCGGCUGCUGGUGGGACGAGGAAGAAAAGAGUGACCCGGGCCAGUUUGCGAAGUCCCGAGUCAGAGGCGCGGCCUGGGCGAAGCGAAAGGCUGGGCCACCCUGCCCUGCCCUGUCUUUGGGAUCUCCGCCUCAGGUCCCCCUUCCUAGCAGCAUCUUUUGGCUGCCGCCUGUGGAUCAGCUCUCCUCGCCAUGGCUCCCUUCAGGCCGGCGGCUUCGGGCAUCAGAGCGUGGGGUUUCCUCCUGGCAGUGCUGGGAGGAGUGCUGUGCCAGGAACCUGAACAUCCCCAUGGCUGUUCCCAUGGCAGCUGCUACCCAGCCACUGGAGAUCUGCUGGUAGGCAGGGCUGAUCGACUUUCUGUCACUUCUACCUGCGGCCUGCGACACCCACAGCCUUACUGCAUUGUCAGUCAUUUGCAGGAUGAGAAAAAGUGUUUUGUGUGCGACUCACGUCGACCUUAUGAUCCUGUGUCCAACCGUAACAGUCAUCGCAUUGAGAAUGUCAUCACUGCCUUUGCCCGUUAUCGGAAGAAGACCUGGUGGCAGUCAGAAAAUGGAGUGGAGGAAGUCAGUAUCCGCCUGGACUUGGAGGCUGAAUUCCACUUCACGCACUUAAUCAUGACUUUUAAGACCUUCCGACCUGCAGCUAUGCUGGUGGAGCGCUCAGCAGACUUUGGGCGCACCUGGCAGGUGUACCGCUACUUUGCCUAUGACUGUGCCGCAUCUUUCCCCACUGCCUCCCUGGGACCCUUGAGACGCGUGGAUGACGUUAUCUGUGAGUCGCGGUACUCGGACAUUGAACCUUCUACAGAAGGGGAGGUCAUCUACAGAGUGCUGGAUCCAGCUAUUCCAAUCCACGAUCCCUACAGUCCAAAAAUUCAGAAUCUCCUGAAAGUCACCAAUCUGAGGAUGAACCUGACUAGACUGCACACGCUGGGAGACAACCUCUUGGAUUCCCGCCGGGAAAUCAAGGAGAAAUACUACUUUGCAGUGUAUGAGAUGGUGCUGCGGGGCAACUGCUUCUGCUAUGGGCAUGCCUCGGAGUGUGCCCCGCUCACUGGCAACCCUACUGCUGUGGAAAGCAUGGUUCACGGUCGCUGCGUCUGCAAGCACAACACCAAAGGGCUGAACUGUGAGCUGUGCAAGGACUUUUACCAUGACUUGCCCUGGCGCCCAGCUGAGGGACGCCGCACAAAUGCCUGCAAGAAAUGCAACUGCAACGAACACUCCCACCGGUGCCACUUCGACAUGGCUGUGUACCUGGCCACGGGCAACGUCCAUGGUGGGGUCUGUGAUGAUUGCCAGCAUAACACCAUGGGCCACCACUGCCAGUUCUGCAAGCCAUUCUAUUACAAGGAUCCCACCAAGGAUAUUCGUGAUCCUGGCAUGUGCCGAGCCUGUGACUGUGACCCUGAUGGGACAUUAGAUGGCGGGGUGUGUGACACACAUGAUGAUCCAAUGCUGGGGCUGAUUGCCGGGCAGUGUCGGUGCAAGGAGCAUGUAGAGGGGCCCCGUUGUGACAGAUGCAAGUCUGGGUUCUUCGGACUGAGUGCAGAAAACCCACAAGGAUGCCAGCGCUGCCAGUGUGACCCCCGAGGCACAGUCCAAGAGGGCCCUCGAUGUGAUGCCAUCACAGGGGAUUGCUUCUGCAAACGCUUGGUUUCUGGGCGCAGCUGUAAUCAGUGCCUGCCUGAACACUGGGCUUUGAGUCUCGAUCUGCGUGGCUGCCGUCCUUGUGAUUGCGAUGUAGGGGGUGCCUACGACAACCAAUGUGCUACAGAAACAGGACAAUGUCGCUGCCGUAGCCAUAUAGUGGGCCGACAGUGUAAUCAAGUUCAAACUGGCUAUUAUCGCAUAGUGUUGGAUCACUAUACAUACGAGGCAGAAGAAGCCCGCCUCCACCAGGGAGCGGAAGUCAUACAGCGAGUGCACCUGUCUGGCCGUCCAGUCACGUGGACUGGGCUGGGGUUUGCUCGGGUGCUGGAGGGCAGCGUGGUGCAGUUCCAUGUCAACAAUGUGCCAUUUUCCAUGGAAUAUGACCUCCUCCUGCGCUACGAACCUCAGUUUCCAGGAAAAUGGGAAAAAGUGAAGGUGUCUGUAGUGAGACCUGGGCCUGUCCCUAGCAGUAGUCCAUGUGGAAACAUCAUCCCUGCCGAUGACUUGAUGUCUACAGCUCUGCUACCCACAUCCAGGUACAUUGUGCUGCAACAGCCAGUCUGCCUAGAACAAGGAAUCAGGUACACCAUUAGGGUAGAGUUUACCCAUUCCGGAGGGCGUGAGCAUUUGCAAGGCGCUGCUGUACUCCUGGACUCUUUGGUACUGGUGCCACGUUACUCCUCCUUGGAGAUGUUCAUUGCCGGGGAUGCCGCCUCUAUUGCUCGCAAAGAGACCUUUGAGCGCUACCGCUGUGCCCAGCAGGCUCGCCCUGUGAUUAAGGGGCCCGCCCCGGAGGCUUGUGCCAACUUGCUCACCAGCAUGUCAGCCAUCAUUCACCAGGGGGCACUCCCCUGCCAGUGUGAUCUCCAGGGAUCUCUGAGUCUCGAGUGCAAUCCAGACGGUGGACAGUGUCAGUGCAAGCCUCACGUCAUGGGUCGUCGCUGUGAACGCUGCACUCCCGGCACCUUUGGUUUUGGGCCUGGUGGCUGCAAGCCAUGCCAGUGCCACAGCCAAGGGUCCUUGAGCAGUUUUUGUGACAACUUUAGUGGACAGUGUCCUUGUCGGGCAGGUGUUUUUGGGCCUCACUGUGACCACUGCCAGGCUGGUCACUGGGGCUUCCCAAACUGCCGUCCAUGCCAGUGUAAUGGCCGAUCAGAAGAAUGUGAGUCACGGACAGGCAGCUGUUUGCAUUGCCGGGGCCACACGGAAGGAAAUCGGUGUGAGAGCUGCGUGGCCGGAUACUAUGGGAACCCAGUACUGUCCUUGGGUGGCCAAUGCCGUCCUUGCCCCUGCCCUGAGGCUCCUGGCUCUGGGCGCCAUUUUGCAGCCACUUGCCACCAAGACAACCCUUCCGGAACUGUCCUGUGCAGCUGCCUCGGAGGUUAUACAGGCCCACGCUGUGACGAGUGUGCUCCUGGUUAUUAUGGCAACCCCUGGCAGGUUAGAGGACGAUGCCAGCCCUGCGCCUGUAAUAACAACAUUGAUCUGGCAGACCCCAAAUCCUGCGAUCGACGCACAGGUCAAUGCCUUCGCUGCCUCUACCACACCGAGGGAGACCAGUGUCAACACUGCCAAAGGGGUUACUAUGGCGACGCCACUCGACAUACCUGCCGCCGUUGCUCUUGUAACCAUCUGGGGACGGUGCAGAACAAAUGCUCCUCACAGGAAGAGUGCCAGUGUGACCGGCACAGUGGGCAGUGCCAGUGCCUACCCAAUGUCCAAGGACAAAACUGUGACCGUUGUGCCCCCAACUUCUGGAACUUAACCAGUGGGCAGGGCUGCCAACCCUGUGAUUGCCAUUCCUAUUACUCACUGAGCCCUGCUUGUAAUCAGUUCACAGGGCAGUGCCAAUGCCGGCCAGGAUUCGGAGGCCGCACCUGUUCAGAGUGCCAGGAGAACCAUUGGGGCCAGCCAGGUCAACAGUGCAGAGCCUGUGAUUGUGACCCCCGUGGGAUUGAGAAGCCGCAAUGCCACCGUACUACUGGGCACUGCUCCUGCCGCCCGGGGGUGUCUGGCGUGCGCUGUGACCAAUGCUCCCGCGGUUUCGCUGGUGAUUUCCCCGCCUGCCAGCCCUGCCACCAGUGCUUUGGAGACUGGGAUCGCAUUGUGCAAGACCUGGCUGCCCACACCCGCAGCCUGAUGCAGCGGGCUCAACAACUCCACCAAACGGGGCUGGCUGGAGCUUUUGAGGGCCCCUUCCGUCGGCUGCAGGACAAACUGAGCGCCAUCCAGGCUGUGGUCAGUGCUCGCAAUGCUACCGCCGCCACCAUCACUCACCUCCUGCGCAAUAUGGACGAUGUGCGGCAGGAGAUAGCUGAUGUAACAGAAACACUGACCCAGCUGGAGGGAUUGCUGACAGCCACCCAGGACAAGAAUUUUAAUGCCAAUCAUGCGCUGGGCACCCUGGAGCGUGGCGUUCGGAGUCUCAACUUUAGCCUAGAAGAUCUGAAGCACCAGCUUAAUAUUCUCAUAAACACCAACGUGUUGGGGGUCUAUGACAGCGUCUACCAGUCCUUCGUGCAGUCACGCAAAGCAGAGCAUCAGGCUAACGCCUCGACCUUGGCUGUGCACAGCCCCGUUAGCCAAUCAGCUGCUUCCAGGCGUCGCACAGAACACCUAAUGACGUCCCGAAGGGAAGCUUUCAAUCGGCAGAAUGCCGCCAACCGCCGAGGGCUGGGGGACCUCUCGACACGCACCCGAGGGCUGAGCCUGGAUCAGAUUAACGAGAAGGUCUGUGGGGCUCAGGGAGACACUCCCUGUGCCAUCAAUUCCUGUGGAGGAGCUGGUUGCUAUGACGAGGAUGGCAGACGUCACUGUGGAGGCCUUCACUGCGAUGGAGCAGUGGCCACAGCUGACAACGCACUGGACCGAGCCCGCCAUGUCGAGGAGGAGCUGCACCAUGCAGUCUCUGAAGUGGAAAGUCUGCUGCAUCAGGUCUCCAACGCGAAGGCCCGGGCGGCUGAAGCAAAGCAGAGGGCGCAGGCAGCUUUGGAUCACGCCAAUGCCACCAAAGCUCGGCUGGAGCACUCAAAUAAGGCGCUGCGUGACCUUAUCCAGCAAGUCAAAGAAUUCCUGAAUCUCGAGGGGGCAGAUCCCGACAGCAUUGCGCUGGUGGCUUCCCGUGUGCUGGAGCUCUCCAUCCCAGCAUCCCCUGUGCAGAUCCACCAUCUUGCUGAGGAGAUCAAGGAGCGGGUCAGCAGCCUAGCCAAUGUGGAUGCAAUUCUGGAUCAGACAGCAGGGGACGUCCGCAUCGCAGGGCAGCUACUACAGGACGCACGCCGGGCCAACGCUCGGGCAGAGAGUGUUAAAAAUGCAGCUGAAGCAGUGAAAAGGGCUCUGGAUGAUGCCAAACGGGCCCAAAGUGCUGCCGAAAAAGCCAUCAAUUCUGCAGACAGUGACAUUCAACAUACUAACACAGUUGUUAAUGAGAUUAACAGGAAGACUGCAAAUGCUGAGGUUGAGUUGGCUGCAGCCAAGAAACGGGUGGGCCAUCUUGACAGGCAGGUGGAUGUUCUCAAGAUGAAGCGGGCCAACAACAUCUUGACAGCCACACGAGCAGAAGAGACAGCGAGUGCUGCCAAGAACCGAGCUGAGGAAGCUGAACAGGUACUGCAGGGACCGCUGGGUGAUCAAUACCGCACCAUGCAGGAGUUGGUGGAUCGAAAAGCCCAGCAUGUAGUGGGGGCCCGAAAGAAAGCAGAGCACCUGCGAGAUGAGGCCAAAGGACUUCUGCGCGAUGCUCACGAAAAACUACGCCGGCUGAGCAAGCUGGAAGAAACCUAUGAAGAGAAUGAGAGGCUGCUACAAGUGAAGGCAGCCCAGCUGGAUGGGCUGGAAGCCAAGAUGAGAAGCAUCUUAAAAGACAUCAAUGAGCAAAUCCAAAUUUACAACACUUGCCAAUGAUUCCCCCAUCGUGUACUCCUACUUAUUUCCCCUGUCCGUGUGCUUAAAGCAGCACCGCUUUUCGGCUUAGCAUGGCCCAGCUCCAACUACUACACGGAGCACUGAUUCUUACAGCCAUUCCUUCUCAGCAUCUCUUUGAUAUACAGUAUCAGCAUCACCCUGCUCACCACCUCCAAUGUAUCUCAAAACACAACACUGCCCCGUGACUUCCUUUUGAGACUGCUAACUUCCUGCCCUGGGAAAGUCAGUCUGGCAGUACUUAAAAGCUUUUCGGUUGUUGUUUUUUUAUGCUAUUCUUAUUUUCAGUGUUUCACACAUGGUAAUGUAGGGCUCUCCUUUCAAAGCUUGCAGGCUAAAACAAAGAAAGAUGGUCUAAGAAUGGAUCGGAUAAGGUAGUUAACACUGGUGUUUAAGUUUCACAUGACCUGUCCCAACCGGAGUGGCUUACAUUUGUGGGAAAAUAAAGACCCAAAGUGGCUGUGCUUUUUGCAACAUUA